UCCAAACGAGUCUUUGUUAAUUCCCUGUCAAAACUAUCACUGGCUUUCUUUCUCCCAUCUAAUCUCCCAUAAUGCCUUAUUUGAUUAUUGUCAAUGCCCUCCGUCCCUGCUCUACAGUCUCUUACAGUAAAACUCUUUAGUUUUUCAACUGAGCGAGUCAGAUGAGGCGCAACCGCACUGGUGAAGUCACAGUGGACUGGCGCAAAUGCCUCGCGCUUCACACUAAGCCUUGUUGUGAUCGGUUCUGAAUAUGCUUCUCAAUCAUGGAAUAUGCAAAUUAUGACAGUUGACCAGAGAUUUUUGGCUGUGGAGUUUUGGUGAGGCAUGGCGCUCGUUCUCACUUGCUUAUUUCUGUCCUGUGUGAGCAAUGUUUGGGGAACUCAAGCGCCACAGGCGAAUAUUUAUUUGGAUAACAUAACGCGCAUAUUGGAUAGAUUACUAGAUGGCUAUGACAACAGGCUACGACCUGGAUUUGGAGGUCCAGUCACAGAGGUCAAAACAGACAUCUUUGUCACCAGCUUUGGUCCUGUGUCAGAUGUUGAGAUGGAGUACACGAUGGAUGUAUUUUUCCGUCAAACGUGGAUCGACGAGCGGCUGAAAUUCGAAGGCCCCAUUGAGAUCCUGCGGCUGAACAACCUCAUGGUCAGCAAGAUCUGGACGCCGGACACUUUCUUCCGGAAUGGCAAGCGUUCCAUCUCUCACAACAUGACCACUCCCAACAAGCUGUUUCGCAUCAUGCAGAAUGGAACCAUCCUCUACACCAUGAGACUGACCAUCAACGCAGAGUGUCCAAUGCGGCUGAUGAAUUUCCCCAUGGAUGGCCACGCCUGCCCGCUGAAGUUUGGGAGUUAUGCUUACCCUAUGAGCGAGAUUGUCUACACGUGGAAGAAGGGCCCGCUGUUUUCUGUGGAGGUCCCCCAGGAGUCGUCGAGUUUACUGCAGUACGACCUGAUAGGUCAGACUGUGUCCAGCGAGAGGUUAAAAUCCAACACAGGUGAAUACGUUAUAAUGACGGUUCACUUCCACCUGCAAAGGAAGAUGGGCUUUUUCCUGAUCCAGACGUACAUCCCCUGUAUCAUGACUGUCAUCCUUGCCCAGGUCUCUUUUUGGAUCAAUAAGGAAUCGGUUCCUGCUCGAACUGUAUUCGGCAUAACCACGGUGCUGACCAUGACCACUCUGAGCAUCAGCGCUCGCCACUCUCUACCCAAAGUCUCCUACGCCACGGCCAUGGACUGGUUCAUCGCCGUCUGCUUCGCCUUCGUGUUCUCCGCCCUCAUCGAGUUUGCGGCCGUCAACUACUUCUCCACGCUGCAGGCCAACCGGGAGCUGCGCAAGGCGGCGGCCAUGAAAGCCGCCGCCCAGGAAGCUGCCGCCGGGGGGAGCGACGGGGACGUUACCUCGCUGGACCCGAGCAGCGUGCUGAAGAAGAGGAUGAACUCGGCCCCUCUGUUCGAGCGGCCGGCCAAGACGUUCCCCAACCCUCCGGUGAAUGCCCAGGCCUUCCUGCAGCAAGGCUCGGCGGUGCCGGACAACAAUGUCCUGACGGGCACCAGCAUCAUCGACAAGUACUCCCGCAUCCUCUUCCCCCUGUCGUUCGGAGCCUUCAACCUGGUCUACUGGAUCGUCUAUCUCACCAAGGACACCAUGGAGCUCUCCAGGUGAAUGCAGGAAAGGGUGGAGGCGGUGAAGUGUGUAAACCUACUGGAGCACCCCCUGCUGUUGCACACAUAUUCACACUCUCUCUCUCUCUGACACACACACACACACACACACAAAAGCAAUGACCCAGUCAGAACCAGAGAGAACACUCAUCGCUUGGACGGAUGACAGAGACUCUCGCCAAGGACCUUUUUUUUUAAUGCCGUUUUAUCUUCUUCUUCUCUCGUUCUCCUUGUGACGCGCAAGGCUUUGAGGGCAUAUACUAGCCUCUUCCAACUACCAACCUGGGAGCCCAGCUCGACUGAUAGCCCGUGGGGCUCCCCCUCCCCUCUCUUUCUCCUCCGUCACUGCUCUCUCCCUUCCCUCCCUCCCUCCCCGAAGAGACGCAACACACAUUGGCACUUCUCUUCCGAAACCCUGCGUCCGUUUCCCUGUCGCCGCCUGGAAGUGCUGGUGCGUCCCGGGGAGGAGCUGAGUGCUUGCUGCGGGCCUGGGGGGUCCUGGCACCACGAGAGGCAUACUCCCAGGGCCCUGGAACACACCUGGGGGGAGAGCGGUACCAAGGGGCCUGGCUGGCCCUCUUCUGCCUCAGUCCCCUGGUGGUUCCACCCUCUCCGUUUUUAUUGGGGGGGUUCAGCGGCUUCAUUUCACUCGCAGUGAAAUGUAUUUCUGAAGUCAGUUCUUUCCAUGGUUUGUUAUGGGAUAGGAUCCUCACCUAGAUUGGUUGAGUAUGCAUCCACGCACGCACACACACAAGCACCUUUCUCUCGGAAUGCCUCAAAUGUUUCUCUCUUUCAAGCACAUACUGUACUUAUCCACGUCGACACAAUCACCCAAUCCUUCGGCAUUUAAAACGGGUUCGCUUUUUCACAUCCCCAGAUUUCAUUACCCCUAGGGGAAUUAUAAAAUGGAAAGUACCAAGAAAUGUGUCGUUCAGCAGUCUACAGACAGGUAAACAACAUGAACUGGGUGUGUGUUUGCUAGCAUCCUCAACAAUCUUUUAAAACCUGGGCUGUGGAUUCACAAUAUAUGUAGCUAACUUUGCUGUAUUAGGGGUAUUAGUAUGAUAUCGUUUCCUGGCAACAGGCUGCACACCUCUCUUUAGAUUGAUUUGUUCUUUAAUGCCUGCAUUGUUUGUUUUAAUGUUUUCUAUUUUUGCACUUUGAUGUAAUUGCAUCUGUCAUUAUAGGACAAGGAAAGGAUUCUAAAGUGGUUGGCAAUUAUUCAUUAAAACGACAGCUUUCCCGUUUUCAUUUUAAACCGAAUCCCUCGCAAGCAAUUAUGCAUCAUGCCAAACACGUUCAUUAAUUAGCUGCUGUCUGGAUUUACAUAUGAUUAUGCGCCAUUUCCAAUUAAACAGGGAAGGUAAACCAUUAAAUCCACCCAGGUUCGUCUAAAUAUAUCCUUCUUCAUAUGGGACGGUCUUUAUUGGGCAAACAUGACUGUCUCCCACCAGAGUAUUCCCCUCCUCGCUGGCCAAACAGAAGCAGGGACAUAUACGUUAUUUUGUACUCAGUUCCUUAAAGUUCCCCCUGUUGUUCCAAGUUUCUUCUUUUUGAUCUCCUCUGAGAUUGGAGAAGAAGCUGUAGAGAGGUCAGGUGGUGUAAUGGUGACCCCACGGGUGUGUGUACCCUAAUAGCUCAUUUGUUGGAGUUGUCCAGUUAUCCUUGAAGAACUAGUUGUGUUGACUUCAUGGGGGUAUUUCAGGGAACUCUUUUGUCCACACAUCUGGUGAGGUAUCACUGGAUAUCACAUCUGGUCUCCCUUUCCCUACUGUCUGUGUCCGACGUGGAGGCUGAGGACCUUGGAGCUCCAAUUACAGAAAACCCCUGGAGGCUCCUGGAUGGAUCAUCCCAUCCCAUCCCCCUAUGGCUCUCGACAGCACAGGAGGAAUAAACCAAUGGUCAAAUACAGGGUGCUAUACAGUACAUGAUGUGUAUAUAGCAUAUUACCAUGGAGUGUUACGUACUUACACUAGUGGAUAUUUUGUGCAUUUCAAAAGAAAAGUGUGUGUAUGUGUGGAAUGUGUGAAUAAUGCCUGUGUCAUCGACCUCAAUUAUUUCCUCCAGCCCCGACCCACCAGCAUGUCUUCGCCUCAUCAAUCGAGGUACCAGAAUGAGCAUGAUCUUUAACCCUUAGUGCAUUUGUUAAGGGUUGGGCUGUGAGGGUUGUGUGACACAGGCCACAAUCACGCCUGUCACCUCUUAUUUUUCACUUUAUCGUCAAUGGGUUUCCGUAGGUUCAGCUACUAUUAUGCCGUCGUUAUUUACCUGCUGAGAAAAUGUCAACAUGAGCCAAUGACGGGUGUACUUGUGAAUAUUUCACACUUACGUAAUGUAGUUUGAGAGUCUUGAAGACCUUGCUUGUUUUAUGGCUAUACCAUAUAUAUAUGGCUUAUACUUAGAUUUACCAAUUGGGAAAAUGGACUGCAGCUUAUGUAAAUAAUGCUGAAUUAGUAGAGCCUCCAUGCAAACUCAUUAUAUUCCGUAUAAAUUACACACUGAAACCCAUACAUUUUUAUUCCCCUCAGAAGGCCUGUUGUUAUUGCAACAGUGCACAGGAUUUAGGUUCCCAGAAUGUUCUAUCCGUGUACUAACCGCUCCUUAUAUCUUCUCAAUUCUGCCAGGAUUCUAUGUAAAUUAUUAUCUUCAAUAAAGCCAAAUUAUGUA